AAAAAAAAAGAAUGGAAAUUGAUAUAUUGUAAAAAAUUGACACGUAGUUUGCGUGAUUCGGAUUCUUUGAAAAUUAUCGUAUAUCGGAACGAGCUAUGUAUAUUGAAGACAAACGUGACAACUUACUGUCUGUGGCGAGUAGCCGAGAAAAUAAUGCGUUACGCGUUCGCUGAUUAGCGGCGAUUCUAUUCAACGUAAAAUGAAUCGCUUUUAAUGUGCUUGUCGCAUAGCGAUUUAGAGACGUAGACCGUUAACGACGGGCGCCAGAACGGGCGGAGCUCCGUCACGUUUCUUGCCUUUCCAGAGAGGCAAAGGAAAAAGUGAGAGAAAGAGAGACAGAGAAAGAGAGAGGGAGAAAAAAAGGAGAAAGAAGGUGGCAAAGAGAAAUUCUCCCGGGAAUAAGGAGCGUGUGGGCAUGCCUGACAUGACACGGACCCAUCGUCGGCGCAUCAUGCGACCAUGCGAAUGUAACUCGUAACAGGAACGGGGCUGUUUUGAGACGGGAAGAGAAGAAGCGACUGGGCAACUCGCGGAGCGAUGUAUGCCGCGGCAGGAGGUGCCAGCAUCGCCAACCGGAGGAAGCAGAAGAAGCUGCAGCUUAACAAGCAAACGCCGGCCCAUGUCGUUCCGCCAAGACUGAAGAGCGUACCCCCUGGCUCGCGUCAUCACCAACAGCAGCAGCAUUAUCAGCACCACCAGCAUCAGCAUCAGCACCAGCACCAGCACCACCAUCCGUACCAUCAUCAUCAUCACCAUCACCAUCACCACCCCCCGAGCAAGCUCGCCGCCACCCGUCAGCAAGUCCCGCGAACGCAACAAGCGCUGACGUCGACGUCUUCGUCGUCCGCCGCGUUUCACCCGGGCAUCGAUGAUCGACGUCGUCACGCCACCGAUCACCACAAGUCCCGCCAGCAGCAGCAGGUCCCGCCGGUCUCGCCGAUCCAGUUCCCGAUCUCGCCACCCCCGCUUUCCCUCGAGUCCUCGACGUCCGCCACCACCUAUCCGGCCAACAACAAGUCCAGCAAGUUUCCCUUUCCGCCGUCCUCGGUCCUCGAUCUCCGAGUAUCGCCUCCUACUUCGGAGCUACAGUGCGGCGGUCAAGGACCUGGCGGUAAGGCAGCAUGGCAGGGAUGCAACAGACCUUCGCCUCUUCCCUUAUCUCCUACGUCACCCGAAUAUCGAGAUGGUUACAACAAAACAAAGCAAUGCGAAGCACAUCGGCGAUGGAUGAAAAGAAACAGGAUAAGAGACGCCAGUUAUUGUUAUGGGAGCAGCGACGACGAGGAAGAUGACAGCAGUAACGCCAUACGACAGAGGGGAGAGGUCAGCGCGGCGGUCAACACCGUGCUCUACGUGGGUUUAGGGACCACUGCGCUCGGUUUAGUUAUCUCGUUCGUCGGCACCGGUGAGAAGGGUUUCCUAAGCCCACAGCUGAGACUGGUCGGCCCGUCGCUCUUGUGCGCCGGAUUGCUGUGCUGCCUAUUUCGCGUGCUGCUGUGCCUCUGCCUGUGUCGCUGCGGCCAGUGCCGCUGGCAGUUCUGCCAGGUCGCCUCGCACAAGAAGGAGAAGGCGAGGAAAGCGGACAUGAGACCGGGAACGUUAUCGACCGCUUCGCUGUUGCCGCCGACGCAGCAGGAACGACCGAUCGCGCCCACCAGCCGCUCCGUGUCACCGGCGACGAAGGGACACGAGCUCCUCCUCUCACCUGCCCAAUUGCCAGAGUGAAAGGACAACGCAACGCGCGCCACGAACGUUUUUUACGAAUGAAUUCUAUAUACUAUAUACGCCGAUUUACUGCCGGUUCUUGCCCAAUUAUUCGACUCUAGUUUCCGUUGCGGCUUGAACCGCAAAUUCUCGCAGCCUAAACAUACGAGUAGUCUAAACAUGCGUCUUUAGAUCUUAAACAAUAGCUAAAUAAAGAAAUCGGCUACGUUUUUCUA